AUUAGAAUGUUAGAAGCUUUUCACCCGGUCGCUGAAGGAAAAACUCUUUGACGUCUCAAAACUAAGUCAACUAAAGACACAAGUUAGGUCAUGUGAUGAGUUUUGUGUUUCUGCUUAAACUUACAUUUAAUGAUAGCGAUGUCUCAACAUUUGGAAUUUAUCUUUCUUCACAUAAUUAUCUUUUAUGGAAACUCCGCUGGCUACAAUGCCUGUCUCAGCCGUUUUUCAGAAGCAGAUCAUAUGCUGACGGGUCACGUGAUACAGACCCUACAAGACAAGACUUUUGAGAGCUGUGCUUUUUCCUGCGAACUGGAACCGCAGUGUCAUAGUGUCAACUAUCUAUUAUUGCACAAAACUUGUGAUUUGAAUAACGCAACGAGAGAUAUUUUUCCUGAAGACAUGGCGGAACAAAGUGGAGUUGUUCAUGUGGCCAUGGUGAUCAACGUCCAUGAUCGUUGUGAGGUCCUGCGCUGUGAAAACGGAGGAAAGUGUAUUCAAAAUCCGAGCUUGAAGUGUCAUUGUCUUGACGGAUUCAGCGGUCUUCGUUGUGAAAGUCUUGAGUCAUUGGGUAUGGAGAGUGGAAUUAUCCCAGACACAGAUAUCGUUGCUACAUCAUCAAAACCGGGUUACGAAGCGCGAAAAGGUCGUCUGAACAGACCCUCUUGUUGGAUGCCACGAAACAACCGUAAUACUGAGACUAUUACUGUAAAGUUUAAACACUGGGUCAAAAUAAUUGCCAUAGCAACACAAGGGGCCCCAAACGAUGGCUGUUGGGUGAAAAGUUACUUUAUCAGAUAUGGUGUUCUAAAUGCUGUAGGAUCUUUGGUCAAGGAGCACCUGGCAAACUUUGACAUGGAUACGGUAGUUACAAACCAGUUCACAAAUCCUCUGCUUGCCGAUUGGAUUGAAAUUCGACCAGCAAGUUGGUCCUCAUGUAUUGCGAUGAGAGUCGAGUUGUAUGGAUUCUAAACUUCUCUUAAGGACUUCGACCUCUUCCUGACUGAUGGCUUGCAAGCUCAACUCUUAAAAGCGGUCACUGACAGGGGGGAUCGGGGAGGGGAAUAAAAAAAUAGCAUCUUUUGAGCCCCCCUCCCACCACCUCGGAGUAGUUGAGAUUUCAAUUAGUCGAUCCUUUAUGUUAAGAAAUGAUGUAUUAAGAGAAAUAUUUAUUAGCAAAUAAUGAGGUUAAUAUUUUAGCUCAGAGGUCGAAAUA